GCAGGUUCACAUAAAACCUCAAAGUCCACUACGGUCUACAUGGGACAGAUGAGGGAUGUAGGGUUUUUGCCUUAGGCAUAACAUACCCAUGAGAGAUUUGUUAGGAUGUGCCAUAGCCAAAAGGAAUCUCUCCCAGUGCUUAGAAUCUGCAUGUUGUGGACAACAGUUAAACUAUUUAUUUUAUAUCAGUUUAAAUCAGCCUUUAUUUGGUGCAGAACAAAGGGCCGUGCUAGCAGUUUACUAUACCUUUACUCUCAAAAAAUUCCCUAGCCAAAACACUUCCCUAAAAUCAGCUAUUUAAUGCAGCCCCUUUGCCAACCCAUUGCUAUGGGAACUCAGUCUUUCAUUUAUUUACAAAACCAGACAUAUUCUUGUCUUGUGUGUGGAGCUGAAAUUCUAGGAUUCCAGUUUUGAUAUCUAAAUGAUGAGUUUUCCUGAUCAAGAUGUACUGGGCCAGGCUUUUGAAGAUGUGCUAGAAGUCCUGCAGCAGCAUUCUGAUAGAGAAAUGCAGUAUUCACCAGGUUGUAAAAGUUGCCUGACUGUGAUCAACCAUCACCACCACCUCCGAGCAAGUCCCAGCUACUCUGCAGCACCAGAGGAGCAAGGGUAUAGCUGGAGAAAUGUGAUUAACAGUGCAGCUGAUUUUUAUGCAGAUGAGACUGUCUACCAUAUGCUGCAGAAUACUUCAGAAAGCCAAGUGAUGCGUGCUGCUGCUGGCCAGCCAAAAGCAGGGAAAGGUAGGAAAAAACUUCGACUGUUCGAGUACCUCCAUGAGUCUCUGUACGAUCCAGCUAUGGCAAACUGCAUCCAGUGGGUGGAUAAGCCCAAUGGCAUCUUCCAGUUUGUCUCCAAAAACAAGGAGAAACUUGCAGAGCUUUGGGGGGAAAGGAAGGGAAACCGCAAGAUCAUGACAUAUCAGAAAAUGGCAAGAGCACUGAGGAAUUAUGGAAGAACAGGUGAAAUAGUUAAAAUUAGAAGGAAGCUGACAUACCAGUUCAGUGCUGUUGUUUUAAAGAGACUCACUCCAUCUUAUUUCUUGGGAAAAGAAACAGUUUAUCAUCCAUACAUUCAGUCUAAUCAAGAAUAUCAGUGUGCAGAUGACUGGAUGAGUUACAGUAAUUACGUGUAUAACAAUGGCUAUGCAUUACAGCAUACUAACAGCUAGACAUAUCUUUCACAUGAGCAGGUCUUUGCUAGGUAGUAAUGCUUUCCAGCACCGGAACUCUUCUCUGUACAUAGCUUUUCCUUUAAGAUAUCAUACAAACACAAAAAGAGGAGGCUUUUUAAAAUUAUAUUGGCUUAUUUUUGUUCCUUUUGAAGGUAAUAAGAAAUGGUCACUGAAUGUUGAAGAAAACCAGCAGUGGUAGGGCAUGUUCUAUUCUCCAUGGCAUUAAUCAGAGGAAUUAUUUCAGAUUCAAGCUGGUAUAUCCAAGAUCUGGGAUUAAGGCUUUUGUUUGUUAGUGGACAUCAAAGACAUCCCAUCCUGAUAACACUCAUAGGAAGUUUUAUGCAUAUCCCCAGCAUUUCCAAUCCAAAUUCAAA